AUGAUUGAAAUAAGCUAUAUAUUAGAAAAACAAAAUUCUGAAUUAUUACCAUCAUUUAUUUCACAAUUCUAUCAAUCAAUACUUAUCCUUAAACAUUGGGCAUGGCAAUUAAUUAGUCAAAAUUCUGAUCAAUGGAUCAAAAACUCAAAUUAUGUAGAAUUAUUUCGUAUAUUUGCAUUAUUUAAUAAAAAUUUAGUUUUUAAUUAUGAAGAUAUUGAAAUUAAUAUGAAAGGUUCAUUACUUUUUCCUGAAACAAUUAAAUGUAUUAAUACUAUAUUCGAAAGAUUUGAAAAAAUAAAUAAUGAAAAUAAUUCAUUUAUUAGCAUAAUUAGUCAAUGGUAUGAUAAUCUCUCUAGUUUCUCAAAUGUCCAUCCUGAAUUUGAAAUAUCCACUAUUAUCAUUCAUAUCAAUCAUUAUAUAGCACGUAAUUAUGUUAUGACUGAUCAAUAUAAAUUCUAUUUAAAUCAACUUCGUCAAUCACCAUUGAUAUUUACUGCUAAACAAUUAUUUUAUAUUAAAACAUGUCCAUUUCUUUAG